ACGGCUUUAGUGACACAGGUAAAUUGUUCUCUCAUCUCGUAUGUCCGGUACGGCUUUUACACCACUGUUUACGUUGACCGAUACGAGUGAUAUCGAUCUGAUAAGGAUCCGGGAGUCUUUUGUACCGAACAUUAGUCCACUAAUCGGUCAACAAACCUUUGGAAGUGUUUUGAAGUCGGCCCGGUGGCUCAGCUGAGUAUCCGGAAAUUAUCAGGAAGUUAGUUCUACUACACGUUAUGUUAGCGUUUUUCGUCCUGGAUCUUGUUCUGGAGACAGCUCUGCAGAGUGGUCACUAGCUGGGACCAAAUCAUACAAUCUGAUUUUAAACCUAACCCUAACCUUAACCACACUGCUAACCCUAAUGCCAAUUUUUGUUUUGACAGUAUAGCCAUUUUGACAUUUGCAGCUGGCCAUUCAAAGGGGAAAUCACUCAGUACUGCCUCCAGGACAAGACUCAUGACAAUAAACGUCAACCUGCUAUUUAUUCGUCAGGUGAUGUGAGUGUGUGUGUGUGUGUGUGUGUUUAUAUAUAUUUAUGUAUAGUGUGUGUGUGUGUGUGUGUGUCAUAGUGUGUGUAGCCUAGUGUUUUUUCUAUAGAGUGUGUGUUAUGGUGUGAGUCUGUUAUAGAGUGUGUGUUGUAAAGUGUGUAAUAUAGACUUUGUAUUAUCAGUGUGUGUAGCCUAGUGUGUGAGAGUGUCUGUGUUGUAAGAUAUGCGUGUUGCAGAGUGUGUGUUAUAGUAUGUUUAGUAUGUGUGUGUGUUAUAGAGUGUGUGUUGCAGAGUGUGUGUAGCCUAGUGUGUGUGUGUGUGAGAGUGUCUGUGUUGUAAGAUAUGCGUGUUGCAGAGUGUGUGUUAUAGUAUGUUUAGUAUGUGUGUGUGUUAUAGAGUGUGUGUAGCCUAGUGUGUGUUAUUAUAGUGUGUGUCAUGGAGAAGUAUGAGAACUUGGGUAUGGUCGGUGAGGGAAGCUACGGCAUGGUCAUGAAGUGUCGUCACAAGGAGAACGGGAGGAUCGUGGCCGUUAAGAAGUUUCUGGAGUCAGAGGACGAUAAGACAGUCAAGAAGAUCGCCUUGAGAGAGAUCAAGAUGUUGAAGCAACUGCGCCAUGAGAACCUUGUCAACCUGUUGGAGGUGUGGAAAAAGAGGCGUCGCUGGUACCUGGUGUUUGAGUUCGUAGAACGUACGGUUCUAGAUGACCUAGAACAGAGUCCAACGGGACUAGACUACAGCCGCCUAAGAAGAUACAUCUACCAGAUACUACGGGCUAUCUCCUUCUGCCAUCAACACAAUAUCAUCCAUAGGGACAUCAAGCCAGAAAACAUCCUGGUGUCUCAGGGUGGUGUGGUCAAGCUGUGUGACUUUGGGUUCGCCAGGACAAUGGCUGCACCAGGAGAGAAUUACACGGACUACGUAGCAACACGCUGGUAUAGGGCCCCAGAACUACUGGUGGGGGACACCAAGUACGGGAAGGCGGUCGACGUGUGGGCUGCAGGCUGUCUCUUCGUAGAGAUGUUGACAGGAGAACCCCUGUUUCCUGGAGACUCUGACAUCGACCAGUUAUACCACAUCAUCAGGUGCUUUGGCAACCUGACCCCUCGCCACCAGGAGUUGUUCUAUGAGAACCCGGUGUUUUCAGGAGUCCGUUUACCAGAGGUGACAGAGACAGAGCCUCUACAACAACGCUAUCCUAAACUGUCCACAACCACUACAGACCUUACACAGAGGUGUCUCCAGAUGGAUCCUGACAGGAGGUCACAGUGUUCUGAUCUGCUGCAGCACCAACUCUUCACUAACGAUGGCUUCCACCUCAGGUUUGUCCAGGAGUUGAAUGGUAAGAUCCAGAAGGAUCAGAAAGAGAACUCUCCCCUUCCCAAGAUGAACAAGACUACCAAGAAAGACAAGGAGGACGUAGAGGAGAGGACUGGGAAGUACAAGGACUCCAGCAGUACAACAGUCAAAGGGAACGUCACCAAACCAGACGUCACCAAACUCUCUAAAACGCCAACCACCACAGAGUCUAAACCCAGAGACCCGGACAAGACAAUGGAGUCAACCACUACUAUGACCACUACUGCAGCUGAGAAGACUGACUGGACCACAGAGACCCAUGCGGUCGCGGUCCACCACGGUCGAACCACCACCGUGAGUCUGAGCAACACUAUCACCAUCAAACCCAGAGCGGAAGAACCAGAGAGGACCGUAGAGGACCACGGACCAACCCAGGACCAACCUCUACCUCUCAUCCCUCCCCUCUCACUCACCUUCACACAGACACCUUCACACAACCUACUGGCUGUCGUCACCCAUGGCAACGGCAACCUGGGCGGAGUUGGGGUGGGGCCUCACCCCGGAACACUCGGUCUGAGGUCAAUAGACAAGUCUAAAAGACAUGUAAACAUUUUCAACAGAAUCUCACAGCAAUCUCUCUCCAGUCAUUUCACUGGCAAUCUGAUGGCUCAGAUGAUAUCAGAGAAGAGUGUGAUCCACGAACGUUCCUUCCUGUCCGACCGCGAGCGUGACCGAGGAGACCGUGAGCGUAUGGCUACGGUUGGGAAGAGGAAGCCAGACAUUCUCUUCCCUGAACUAAGAACCUCUCUGCUGCCUGAGAUACGAGGGGCUGAAGGUAAACAGAAUAAGCCCACCAGGACCAGAAGAAGGAGAGACACAUCCCCUCUAUAGCUACACUACAAUACACACUACAAUACACACUACAAUACACACUACAAUACACACUACAACACACACUACAACACACACCCCA